AUGGCUACUUUGGCAAACGUCAAGAUCGAUCGUGAGUUCUGGAAGGACUAUCUCUCCGCCCAAGGAAGCCAGUUGCCCCAACUCGACGACGUGGAAGAUGUCACGGACAGGGUCAUCAGGGUGAUGGGAGGAAACCCCGGAGAGAUGCAGCUCCAGGGAACAAACACCUUUCUUCUCGGCACAGGCAAGGCAAGAAUUCUGAUUGACACCGGCGAGGGAAUGCCAAUAUGGGCUGAACGCCUCUUCGAAAUCUUGAAAGAAAGAGAUCUCUAUAUCUCUCACGUGCUCCUCACACACUGGCACGGUGAUCACACAGGCGGAGUACCCGACUUAGUUGCAUACGAUGCCACGCUCGUAGAUCGGAUUUACAAGAGCCAUCCUGAUCCCGGCCAAAACGACAUUGAAGACGGGCAGAUAUUCGCCGUCGAGGGUGCCACUGUCAAAGCUCUCUUCACGCCUGGUCACGCCGUUGAUCACAUGUGCUUCUUACUCGAGGAGGAGAAGGCGCUCUUCACAGGUGAUAACGUGCUGGGACACGGAUAUACAGUCGUUGAGGAUCUCGCGCUGUACUUGCAAAGUCUCGACCGCAUGGCCGGACAAGGCUGCAUCAUGGGAUAUCCGGCUCACGGGGUCCGAAUUGAAAACUUGCCUGCCAAACUUAACCAGUACAUCAGGCAGAGGAGGGCGCGGGAGAAGUUGAUCUAUGCGGCACUGCUCGACAACAUGCUGAAAGGCGGACGAAAAGCAAACAGCAAAUCUGGGUUGUCGACGAGGGAGAUCGUCAGUAAAAUCCACGGAGACAUUCCUCAGCAGCUGCUCCUGAGUGCCAUCGAGCCGUCUACGAUUGAGAUUCUGCGGAUGCUUGCUGACACUCGCAAGGUGGGCUUUGCUAUGCAGAGCGGCACGCAGCGAUGGUUCAUCAACCAAAGGUGCAGGGUGGCGUAG